UCUGAGCUCGGAUGAGGUUCCACUCUUCUCUCCUCUUUCUCCUGCUGUUCUUACUCAGUUUUAUCUGCUGUUUAUUGUGAAAAUGAAGAUGUAUAUGAAACAGCAGGUGAUGAAAGAGUUGUAGAUGAAACUACCUGACAGUAAACAGUUAGUGUCAGCAUUAAAAUGCUGCUGACAUGUUCAUCAAAUACACCACAUUGAUCUCAUCGUCCCUCUGAACUGUCCUCACACACUGUUGGAGUCAAACUGACACAUUUUGACUUGUGAAGUCAGUGAAGCUCUAAAUUCCAUCUUUUAACAGGAAAUGUGUUUGUGACUCUUCAGCUCUGUCUCCUCUCACAGGGAGAAGAUGAUCUGCUGCAUCCUGCUGCUCCUCACACUCACCUCCUGUGUCUGUGGAACAUUUGUAGUGAACGUGACACAGAGCUCCUAUCAGGCAGAGGAGAAGCACAACAUCACACUGGAGUGGAGCUUCACAACCAAACCUCACACUCCAUCUGACUUCCUUAUUAUCUUCUGUCAGCUGUUUACUGAUGUCAGAGCCUCAGUCCUGUAUCAUCUACGUGAGGGUGUUGAGUCUCAGGAUGAAGAGUUUUCAGGACGAGUCCAGUGUGACAAAGACGUCCUCAGAGAAGGACGAAUCAGACUCCAUGUGUCCAGACUGAGGACUGAGGACUCAGGACUGUACCAGUGUCAGGUCCUCACCUCUGAUGGGAGGAGCUCUGGUAAAUGUCACCUCAACGUCUCUGAAGCGAGGGAUCGGCCUGAACCUGAGACAGAACCUGAGACAGAACCUGGAGAACCAAACACAGCAAGUCGGGGAAGGAUCGGCCUCUACUGUGGACUGGGACUGACAGCAGCUGUUGUUCUGACUCUUUCUUUUGUUUUCUUAUUAAUUCACUUCCUGCCUAGAAAACAAAGAUUUCUACCCAGAGUUCAAAGUUGGAUCUGAGGAAAAGUUUCAGCUCAACAGAAACAGUUUUGGUGGGAACAGUUUCUAUUACGUCUUUUACAGUGGAAACAAUACACGGUCCAGUCAUACACUAGAUCUAUACCUAGUCUUAUUUUGAAAGGACACCUUGUUAAACUGUGUCAGACAGAUGUGAAACGUGCACUGUGUUCACUUUAUGAAAUAAUGCUGAGAAGCUUGUCUACUUUUACUGACUUACCCAUCAUGCACUUGACCUGAUGGUAUGAAACUGUAGCAGCUCACAGGAAGUGAUGUCACUGUUUGUGUUGUUGUUAAUGUUCUUCCAUUUACUGCCCGAAAACUGUAAAACUGUAUUUUUGAUUCUGACUUUGUCUAUAAUUUACACAGAGAUUUAAGUUUGAACAAACAGCUUUAAUAUUUGUUUUUUCUAAACAUGAAACUCUAAUGUACAGUCACUGUUUUUAUUUCUGUUACAGCUUGUUGUUAUUUGCUGCCUGUUAUUGUCACUUUUUCAUCGGAUGUAAAGCUGUGAGUUUACACUGUUGUUAAUGAGGACGCUCACUAGAGGGAGCUCUUUGUGCUCAUUUAGACCAUCAGACACUUUCCUGUUGUGGAGCUCAGCUUCAUCACUGCUGAGGACUGAUCUACACUGACUCAGGUUAUUGUGACCUUCAGCUUCUCUCUUCUCGGGUCAUUUAUUUUACUAUUGGUUUGUGUGUUUAUGAAAUUUAUACAUCUUUUACAUUAUUAUUGUUGAACUUCUGUUAAUGUCUAUUUCCUCUUUAUUUCUGCUCCUGUGAAGCAACAGUGUUAAUAAAGUUUAUUCUUGUUGUUUAUAAUAAAGUUUUAAUUCUUGACAA